AUGAAAGAACUCCUUGAAUGUGGAGUUCACUUUGGACAUCAGACCCGUCGCUGGAAUCCGAAGAUGGCAGAGUACAUCUUCGCCGAGCGGAACGGGAUUUAUAUUAUUGAUUUGCAAAAGACGUUACGGAUGCUUGAAACCGCGGUAGAAUUCGUGCAAGACAUCGCUGAGAAGGGCGGCGGGAUACUAUUUGUCGGUACAAAACGGCAAUCCCAAGAAGCCGUACGAAGCGAGGCUGUUCGAUGUGAGAUGUACCACGUGAACCAUCGCUGGCUUGGCGGUAUGCUCACUAAUUUCCAGACCAUCCGUCGGAGUGUCAACCGUUUGGACAAAUUGGAUGCCGAUGAAACGAAUGGGGUCUUUGAACAGAUGCCGAAAAAAGAGGUGAUAAACCUGCGACGCCAAAAAGGCAAACUCGACAAUAACCUCAGCGGGAUCAGAGAAAUGAAAAAACUCCCUGAAGUCAUCGUCGUAACGGAUACACGUAAGGAGCAUACGGCUAUUGCCGAGGCGAAUAAAUUAGGCAUCCCUAUCAUCGCUAUUGUUGAUACGAACUGCGACCCCGACCCGAUUGAUCUGCCGGUACCAGGGAAUGACGAUGCGAUCCGUUCGAUCCGUCUCAUCUGUACAGUUUUGGCGGAGUCAGUAAUUCAAGGACGGGGCGGUGCGUCAGAAGGUGCACAGGUCUCAGAAGAGGCAGCGCAACCCGAACAAUCCGAAGCCGCUGCACCCGUCGAUGCAGUGCUUACAGCGGAACGACAUGAGGAAGAGAGUACCACGAUUCUUAAAGAGGCGCAGUUGUCCGCGGAACCCGAAGCUAUUGGGGAAAGUGAACAACGUCAGACGCGUGCCCCCCGUCAGCGACGGAGAGGGAGAGCCCCUCGGCGGCAAUCCCCAUAA